UUCUUCACCUAACGAACUCCAAGAACAUUUAAAGAUGUCACCAGAAGAAGAAGGGAGAGGAGCAAGUGCAUAUAUGGUGAUGCAGCCAGGUGCUUCAACACCACCUACUGGUACAAGUGGUUACGUUGAGAUGACCACCAGGUCACAGAGAAAUACAGAUUUAAGUCCAGCUUCUAGUGAAAGUGACAGAUAUUUAAAUAUGUCUGUGAGUCGUCCUCCUGCAUCAUCACCUAUACCUAUACGUGGACCACCAGAUAGUUUAUAUAAAGAUAUGUCACAUUGUACACCGUUACCAACGGUUACAGAAGGUGGAAGCAAUGAAGGUUAUUUACCGAUGUCACCAACAUACGGACAGAGUCCCUUUUCUAGUGCUCAUUUAAAACCUGAACCUGCCGUCUGCAUGUUGUCAGACGACACACUGGAAUUCCCUAAAAGGACAUAUUCUCUUGGAAGUAAACCGCCAGUAAAUACUGGUAAUAAGACGUCAGGUUAUUUAGAUAUGACAAUAAACAAAGGUGUUACGGAUAAAGGUCGCAGCUGUAGCGCGCCUCACCUUAUACCUCAACGGAAAUUACAUCUAGAUUCUCCGACACCUAGUGCUAGUCCUCUCAGUACCUCAAUGCGAUCCGACGAUUCUGAGUCGUUUAUGGAAUUUGAUUUUUACCGACCCCGAACUGCCAGUGAUAGUUAUAGUUAUCGACCUCGGGCCUCCAGUUUCGGUAACAAGUCGCUACAGGCCCAUCGUCCUCGUUCUUCUAGUCAUGGUCAACAAGCCCGCACAUUUAAACCCAAAAAGGCUUUUGACUCCGUUCGUACCACGUCCGAAGAGUUACGACAAUCGAUGAGUUCUUGCCAAGGUUCCUCAGAUUCUCUACGAAUGUCGUCCAGUGAAUCGUUGAGGAAAUUGUCGCGGGAAGUACGAGCCAAGACAUCUAGUUUGUUGAGUACAGAUUAUCUUGAUAUGUCCAUAGACAAGCGUAAAACACCUUCCCCCCAACCCGGUUAUCAGCAGACGCCAACAUCCAAACCAAACGGCUACAUGGAUAUGACUCUGGGUAUGAGAACAUCCUCCCCCAGCAGGUGUCGAACGCCGCAAGAACGCUCGGGGUCGUUCAGCAGUGGAACAUUCAAUAAGACCAGAGACAAAAUGAUUCAAGAACGCUCCGGUUCGUUCAGUUCUGGGACAAGUCACAAAAUUUUACCCGUCAGUGAGAUUCCAACAAAAAAGUCCUAUAGUAGUGAUAAAGUUCAUAAUAUGUCUACUUCCGUGGACAAUAAACCAACAAGUGGUGAUAUGUACGUGAACAUGGACAUGUCGUCUUCUUCUAGUCAAAUUAUAAACGAUCCAAAUCAGAAAUCAGGAAAAGAUAACUCGCGUUCUUCGUCUGCGGAGAAUCUAGAAAGUUAUGUGAUGUACGAACCGAAAGUUACUACAAGAACGUCUUCUAACACCCCUCAUAAUAAACAAAUUCGACCAAUAUCUUCGGAUUCUUCUAUUAAGCGAUCAUCUGAUCGACCCAGUAAACGAGAUCAAAGAAAAAAAACUGGCAACGCUUCUAAGUCUAAUCAGUGGUUACAUAAUGCGGAACAACAAAGCUCGAUAGAAAAAAAUGAUGAGUAUAUUGAGUUCUCUCCCAUGUCAAAAUCUCCUGAUGGAAAAGCGCUUAGCAAGACUUACGCGAAAUCUAACGUGGGGAAAGAUUGCGACAGUCUUGAAGAUAGUUGUGAGUAUAUGGGAUUUGAACCAGGUCAGGUAGCGGGUAACACGUCUACGCCCAAUAACCAGAAAAAAUCAUCCACGCCGGGACAAAUAGUGAGUCAGAGAAGUUAUUUUGGAAAUGUGAACCACGCUGGUGCCAAGGAGCCCAAAAAACUGGCCAGUAGUGCUUCGUUUAGUGGGAGAUCAGCGCACACCCAGCGAUUUAAAAACAAGAAUGUCAGUGAUGAAAGUGAAUACUUAAACUUUGAACCUGCGACUAAUGUCAAGUCCCAAACGUCUAGAAAAGAUGAAACAUCUGCAGGAAAAAACCGACGUCAGAAGGCAGAUUUAAAAUCGUCUCCGUUUAAUCCAAAUAAGGUUCCGAGUGCUCCAAUUAAAGACAAUAAAGUUAAACCAACAGUGGAGGAAGGGUCGAAUGAAGACAGUAAAAUAAAGCGUGUUGCGAAUUAUGUCGAAGAUGAUUAUCUUCUAACAGAAAAAUUAGACACAACAUCAAUACCAUCAGCCGGUAUCAAACAACUUCCUAUCCCUAUAAAUCCUCCUUGUAUUCUGUCUGUAGACAAAUCGCCUAGCAACAGUUCACCGGGUCAAAUAAAAACAAUUAAAACCCCAGAUAAAAAUAAAACUGCUAGUAAUAAUAGCCUAUCAAGUGUAUCAAAUAUCGGGGGUAGUGUAUUAGAUCCUGCUCAUGCUCGUCAUAGCAUCUCGGAUCUGAGCGGUUACGAGCAGAUGACAUUUCCUACAACAGGCAUGUCUUCUGCUAAAUUAGGAUCAUCUAGUAGUGUUUCUUCCACGGGUAAAAACAUUGACAAACCUGCCACAGGAAUGAAGUCGGCAACACCAACGUCUUCGAACGUGGUAUCAUCCAUGAGUAAUUUGUCCGUUAAUGUAACGAGUCCCUGUUCUGGCUCCCAACAACAGCUAACCAGUGGCAAGGAAGUGUUGAACUAUGCGUCGCUCGAUCUUGGCUCAUCGGAAAAUAUCGGUGAUGACAGUCUAAGGUCACCUCGUAUUAAAAGUCGACACGCCUCGGCGGCCGAUGAAAAAGUGGAACCCUUAUCGUACGCUCAGAUUGAUUUUGAAAAAUGUGAAAGUCUAAAAGCUCUGACAAAUAGUAAAUCGGAUAUUUCGAAGACAGGAAUCGGUGAAUCUAAACUUUAAUUUUUAAUUGUCUUUUAUUUAACCCUUUUGCAUUUGGACCACUCAAAGCUAGACCUCCAAACCUCACGAGGGGGGUUCGGUGGCAGAAUGGUUAACAAUUGCGAGUUGCAUCAUAAGGUCUGUCAUACAGUUAACUGGCGUGAUUUUGAUUCCCUACAUGUAGAUGACAAGGAGUAGGGUCAUUUGUUCAACUGCGUGGGUUCUCUCUGGUUUCCUCCCACUGCUAAAGACCCCAUCGCGCAAGCGAUUUAUUGAAAUAAAAUUUAACCAUAGGUUAGUCCUGAAAUGACCUAGUUUGCACGUAGUGGUCUUUAGCAGUGGGAGGAAACCGGAGGAACCAUUGACUCAAUGACAUACCUUAUGAUCCCACACACAUGCGUUUACCAUUCUGCCACCCAACCCCUGAUUUUAAGUUGGUCUGAGAAGCAGUAAUUGUGUACGAUUUUAAGCUGUAUUAAUUAUAUUAUUAAUUAUAUCACCUUUCUCUAACUUAGUCAAAAUGUACCAAGUGCUACAACUGUAUAGGGUUAAUUAUUAAAGAUGCAUUGUGUAGGAGCUGGUCAUUCUGGCUAUAAUAGAUAAUAUUAUUAAAGAUACAUUAUGUAGAAGCUGGCCAUUCUGGCUAUAUUAGAUAAUAUUAUUAAAGAUACAUUAUGUAGGAGCUAACCGUUCUUCCUAUAAUGUUAUUAAAGAUACAUUAUGUAGGAGCUGGCCAUUCUUCUUAUAAUAGAUAAUAUUAUUAAAGAUACAUUAUGUAGUAGCUGGCCAUUUUUGCUAUAAUAGAUAAUAUUAUUAAAGAUACAUUAUGUAGGAGUUGGCCAUUCUUGCUAUAUUAGAUAAUAGCCGUGAUCAUCAUUACUAAAGUCGGGACGAUAAAAAACAUGGUCUCGAUUAUCCAUUUCAUAAUUAAAUCAUGAAUGAAAGUUGAGCAGCAAAUGGGAUCCUAAUCCAUUAAAUAUCGCAGGCUAGAGAUGCCAUCGAGAGUUGAUUAUGGUCUGGAUAAGAUAAUUAAUGUAUAAUUAAUUAUUUAGAUAACAUUUCAGGCCUAAAGAAAGACCUGCAAUAGGCAGAUUUAGCUCUUACAUAAUGUGUGUUUAAUUAAAUAAACCUGUCCAUAACAUUAUAUUAGAAUGUUUUGGAGGUUAUGUUUCUAAUAAACAACAACAAUGUUAUAAAAAUAAAGCACAUGUUAUCAAGCUGUGAUUGAAGUGUUAUAAAAAACAAAAUAACGUGUGAAGCCAGAAAUAAAGAUGUUGAUUAAAGGCUUGCUAUGUGAAUAAAUUUCUUAAUAACUUAUAUAACGUUUGAAGUCAGAAAUAAAGAUCUACAAAAUAGAUAGAUUUACCUUUCACAGCAUCUGUAACCAAUGGGCUGUUUGUGAAAUGAUGUGAGUAGAUGAGUAGGGUCGCCUGUCCAACCUCAUGAGUUUUCUACGGGUCCUCCAGUUUUCUCUUGCUGCUAAAUUAUUGAAAUAAAAUUGAACCAUGUGUUAGUCCCAAAAUGACCUAGUUCAUGUCGAGUUGAUGUUAAACCCCAUUUCUCUCUCUGUCUCUCUCUGUUUUUGCUGUAUACUUGUAUUUACAAUCUAGGUUUGUAAGGUGUUGAUUAUACGCUAUCACAGGCUUGCUGUAUCAUACGGUCUGUCAUUGAGUCAACUGGCAGGGUUUCGAUUCCCCGGUUGUACGUGACAAGGAGUAGGGUUGCCUGUCCAACCUCGUGGGUUUUCUCAGGGUCCUCCGGUUUCCUCCCACAGCUAAAGACCCCUACGCGCAAGCGAAGUAUGGGAAUAAAAUUAAACCAUAUGUUAGUCCCGAAAUGACCUAGUUUGUGUCGAGUGGACGUUAAACCCCAUUUCUCUCUCUCUCUCUCUCUGUUUAUACGCUCGCCAUGACAAUAAAUGUCCAAAUAAUAAUUUAUAUAGGAUUUGAAGCCAGAAAAAAGACCUACAAUAGGAAGAUUCACCUCCUACAUAAUGCAUCUUUAACCACUGAGAUGUUUUUCACUCUGAUUAAAAUACAGAUCUACAUUUCGUUUUGUUUUUUUAUACUUUCGAUGGCCUACACUACAUAAAGAGCUGACUGGUUGUAGCGAUAGGUCGCGUCAGAGGUCAUACAAGUGGCUUUUGACCCUUUGAUGUCACUGUCAAACAUUUGAUUAAUCAAUCAGCAUUGAUGUUACUAUUGGAUUUCCCACAGUUCUGUGUAAAACACGCCUAAAGCUCGCCGUGACAGACCGUUUCAUUGGCUAAUCCCUCACACCACCCGGAACACUCAAUGAUAACAACACUUCCAUUUCCUAGUGUAGUAAAGUCAAGUAAAAUGAAAUUUUGAACUAUAAAAACGAAACGAAAUAGGAUCUGUGUUUUAAUGAGAUUGGAUGUUUUUGCUGUAUACUUGUAUUUCAAUAUCAUGUGAAUUUACAAUCUGAGUUUUUAUAUUUGUUGACAGAAUGCAAGCCUGGAAAUAACGGUUUUACAUGUACCCGACAAAAUGUCAGGCACUAAUGAAAUACUACCUAACAUUUUCAACUUAGUACCGGACAUGUAUUAAUAAUAUCAAUAAAAAAGACAAAUCAGUGCUGGACAAAAUGACAGGCACCAGAGGUUUAGUGCCUCACAAAGCCUGAAUCUGUGUCUGACAUUGUCUGUGACAGGUGCCUUAUUUCCAGGCUAGAAGAAUGUCAUGAGAUUGAACUGAUCUACGUCAGUGUCUUUAGUUUUUUGGAGAACAGUGGUUCUAAGAGCAGCAAGAUUUAGCUCUUACAUAAUGCAUUAUAAAUGUUAAUAUUUUAUAAAAUGAAAUGUGUUAUGAUAUAAUUAAUUUUGUAAAUAUUGUUAUAAGAUGUAUAUUCUAGCGUUAUUGUUAAUAGUUAAGUUUUUGAGUGAAAUUGAUGGAUUUUAUGCUAUGAUAGUAUUAUAUAAAAUCCUAAAAAAUAAUCUGUCGAUACAUAUAUAUAUAUAUAUAUAUAUAUAUAAAACCUUUUCUAAUAUAUGUAGCUUUUAAAUGUAACCUUGUUUUUAGCUUUAUCUGAUAAAAAUAUUAUCACUAUGAUAACUGAUAUAAAUAUUAUUCACAUGUUUAUCUAAUAAAAGGCCAUAUAAAACAAAUCUUCUGGUUUUCAGAUACUGCCUCAUUGCUUGAAAGGGGGGUGGUGGUGGUGGGGGGAGCGGAUUGCGGAAUGGUUAGUGCAUGCAUGUUGUAGCAUAAGGUCUAUCAUUGUGUCCACUGACGUGGUUUCGAUUCCCUGGUUUUCUCCGGAUCCUGCGGUUUCCUCCCACUGCUAAAGACCCCUACGCGCUAGCGAAUUAUUGAAAUAAAAUUGAACCAUGUUAGUCCUGAAAUGACCUAGUUUGUGUAGAGUGGAUGUUAAACCCAAUUUCUUUCUCUCGCUUGAAAAGGUCCACAUGACUUGUUUUUAUUUCAAAAAAAGGAACACCCUUGUUAUGUUUGUAGGCUCGCAAAACUGGAAGGAAGUCUUUAAUAAAGCAAACAGAGUGAUCGCCCUUACAUAAUAAUGCCUUACAGGGACAGGGACAUUUAACAAAUUACAAAGAUAACUAUUGAAACCUCCCUCCUGCAUAAGUUUUUUUUUUGAGAGAGAGAGAGAAGGAUAGAGAGUUUAACCUCAGACACAAACUAGGUCAUUUCGGGAGUAACAUAUGGUUCAAUUUUAUUUUAUUAAUUUGCUUUUGCGUAGGGGUCUUUAGCAGUGGGAGGAAACCGGAGGACCCUGAGAAAACCCACAAGGAUGGACAGGCGACCCUACUCCUUGCACGUACAACUGGGGAAUCGAAACCAAGCCAGUUGACUCAAUGACAGACCUUGUGAUACAACGUGCACCCCUGCUAACCAUUCGGCCAUCCAACCCUGCUAGCCAUGAUAUGAAAUGAAAUGGGGUCUAACGCCCUACUGUUCUGCUCCGAACUGGGCUAAUGAAGACGGGCAUACGCCAUACAGUGUGCUAUGAGGGAAAUUUUGCCCGGACAGCGGCACUACAGCCUACUCUUAUAUCAAAUUCCAACUGUCGAGGGAUCUUUUACGUGCAUGCCAAUGUGUACACGGGACCUCGGUUUUUCAUCCCAUCCGAACGACUAGAUGGCUGUCCAUGUCAGGCCCUCCAUCUUGCAUCACUGACAAGGGGAAUAACAAAAUACAAACAUAACUAUUGAAACCUCCCUCCUGCAUAAGAUUUUUGAAGUAUUGUCGGAGAACCAAUAUAUUUUUGUUGUAUGGCCUAAAUAUUAUCUUUAUCUCUGUAUUAAAAAGAUUCCAAAUUUACAUUUAGUUAGUAAAAGACAUGUAGUUUAUGGCAGAUAAUCUUGCUGGUCAGGGACUUUAUUAAAGGGACAAUAACACUCUUGCUGGCUUGAAAGCUCCAGAAAAUAAAAAAUAGCCUUAUUCUAAGUACUAGAUGUGUAAGUGUCCUACCUGUUGUGUAAAUUAUCCAUUACAUCCUAUUUAACUUGUCCAGAGGGUUCGAAAAUAUGUUUAAAUCGAAGUUUCAUUUGAAAAGGUUAAAGUUAGACGUUUCAAACCAUUAUGUUGGAUUUUUCAAAAUUUUUAAAUAAGGUGUGUUAAGAUGAGAUUUGUAUCAUCAAUUAAUUGAAAUAUUCUAAAAUAGUACAAUUUGUUGACCAGAAUAAAGAUUGGGACAUAUUAUUCAGUUACAACAAGAGUGGUAUUGAGCCUUUAAAAAAAAACAACUUCAACUGAAGUAUUUUGAGAAUGCAGCCUUUUUAUAUGCUCACAUUGAAAUGUGGUUGUAUAUUGCCGUCACCUCCAUCUGUCCGUCCGCUGUCUACAAUCUCUAGAGACUAAAGUUCAAAUCUAAUUGACUUUAAAUUUAUGCACUAUGUUUAAGGUCAUGAGACAAAGGAGUGUAUCAAUUUUCAAAAAUUUACAAUAAUUAUUGCCAGAGUUAUGGGCUAUGGCCCUUGAUCACUUUGAAAAAUGUCUUGGACUCUCUAGAGGCUGAAGUUUAUUUCCGAUAAUUACUAACAGAGUUAUGGAACUUGGUCUCUUUGAGAUAUCUUGUUGACAUGCUAGAGGCUUAAGGUAAUAAAUAUUUAUACACAGUGUUUAAGGUCAUGAGACCAACAAACGAAACAAAUUUUAAUGAUUUCUGAUAAUUAUUCGUAAUCAGAUUUUAGUGUAGUAUAAAUGACAAAAGAACAAAUAUGUCACAACCCUUGUUGACUCCUCGGACGAUUUAGCUGCAGUGUGUGUAAGUUUCGUUGCCUGGCAACUUAUCUUUUUUGUACCAUGAUUUAAACCCUCAGUCAGCUGCUUCAUUAAAAUAUUUUAGUUUUUUUUUUUUAAGUUCUCAUGAAAAGGGUUACUGUGAUUAUUGUAUAGUACUCCAUCAAUUACAACACAGUGGCAGCACUAGAGUGGGUUGGCACAAAAAGCGUUUAGAUCUAUUUGAUAAGGCCAACUUCAAGUCUGGUCAAAGGUCACGAGAUGUAAACUGGGCUAGUGCUAAUCCCAACCCUAACCCUUGACCUAGCCGCAAUACUUACCAUAUCUCUAACCUACAAUCUCGUCAACAAUCAUGUGUCCACACCUUAUUUAUAUCUCAGUGACCUUGACAAGAAAUUGAGCUGGCCUUAACAAAUAGAUUUAGCCCACAAACUUAAAAGGAAAAAAAUCGAAAAAUUAUUUUAUGUUCUUUGAAUUUAAAAAAAAAGCUAGCUAUAUACAAAGCUGCAUGAGCAAAUUUUACUCCUUUCUGACUGAUGUUAAGAUUCAAUUAUUUCUGUUAAUUGUGUCCCUUUUUCAGGAAAAUUUGGCGCCCAACCCACCCACUGCAAAAUCCUACCGCUGUAACAAUAGACUGUGAGAGUACCAUAUUUGUUGAAAUCCUUUUUAUAAUCAUUUCGUACAGUUAUGGGUGAUAAUGGCCUAAAUUGUGUUACUGAAAGUCAUAUAAACUGUAAAAUAAAUAAAUAUAUGAUCAUGCCCAAGUAA